GGGGCAUUCCACCCACCGCUGUGUGUAUAGGAAAUGAUGUGGUAACUUUUUGAACAGAUGUGUUAGCUAGCAGGCUAGCAAGAAAAGAAAGAGAGAAAAGAAGGAAAGCGCAGACGAGAUGAGUGCCGGAAAGCACAGUGCGGUGUUAGUGUUAAUGAGCUCAGAUAAAAGCCGAGAGUGCUGACAGUUCGAGUUCGAAUGUUAUUAGCAUGUUAGCGCGGAGUUAGCGGACUAGUGCUAGCUGAGGGACUAGUUUGAGCCGCCAUGGUGUUCGCGAGUGGCGGUGUGUCGGAGUCGCUGCAGUGGCUGUGUCUGGUGACGCUGUUCCUCGCCUCGGUGGUGACUUUAAUCAUCUAUUUAGUGCAAUAUUUCGGUGUUUUCCGGAGCCGGACAUGGGCCCGGGGGGAGGAGUGUGAGGAGGCGGACCGGCUGCUGAGCUGGGUGCUGGAGCUGAAGAGUUGGAGGACGGAGUGGAGGAGAGCCUGGAUCCGAGCCCUCAACAGCAGUGCACAGGGAGCGAUCCAGCUGGUGUUUGAGGAGGACAGUGUUCAGUCGUCAGAACUCCGCGUCCAUCGCGUCUCCAGCUUUAAAAGAUCACCUGGACGGAAGGAUGUGCAGUGUGAGGUGAUCGGAGACAAACUGCAGUUUUCUCUCAGCGCUUGUCUGAACUCGGGCUCUACACACCCUCCUCUGAGAUUCAGCGUAAAAAUCUCACCGCUACAGCUGCAGCUGGCCCUGCAGAUGACAGAGGUGGAUGGAGAAGUUCAGAUUACAUGGGGACUGGAACAGCUGGACCUGACACACCUGCAACUCACACCCAGUUACACACAGGGACCGUCGGUGUGUGUGAGUGAAGCUGCAGUGAAGAGCACGCUGCAGCAGGUUCUGUGUGAAACACAAGCUUCGGUGACUCUGAGCAGCCGGACUGCGCAGCCUACAGAGCUGAAGGAAGUGAGGAACAGGAUUUCAGAGGUCUCUUCUCCCCCUAAACCCCCUCGCGCUCACCAGUGGAAACUCUUAGUGAAGAACAUCCGGGUCACGUACAGCCAGGAGGAAGGAGCUGCAGGCAGUGUAAGUCCUCAGUGUGUUCUACAGUUAGAUGAUCCUCCUCAGAAGUUGUCCACCUCGGUGCUGAAUAACGCGAGCGACCUGGUGUGGGAUCAGCCCUUUAUCUUCGAACUCAGUGGCAGGUCGAAGGAGCUGAACGUCCAGCUGUUGGAUCAUGGGAAACCUCCAGAGAGCUGUGUGCUCGGGCAGGUGUGUGUGCCAUUUAACCUGGUGAAGAGGAUCCCAAGAGGACUGCACACUUUCACACUGAUGAACACACACCAAGUAAUCGGAUCACUGACUACUGAGCUGUCCUACCUGGAGCCGUGUGAAGUGCGCACUUGGCAGCCCCCUACUCCGGCGCCUACCAAACGAGUGGAAAUGGACAGAACCGUGAUGCCGUGCGGUACCGUCGUCACCACCGUCACUGCGGUGAGGAGCAGACCGGGACGUCCGCUUCCGACAGAACCGAUGAAACCUCCAUCCAUAGCCAAGCUGGCGGAGAGGCGGGUGUCUGAACAGCCUUCGGUACUGGGAGCUAAAGUCAGCAAAGCCUUAUCUUCAUCAGAUACAGAGCUGCUGAUGCUGAACGGGACCGACCCAGUGGCCGAGGCUGCCAUCAGACAGCUUUAUGAGUCGGCUAAGCAGAAACUCAAAUCUCCUGUCAAAAAGAGCACCAUUAUCAUCUCUGGAGUGGCAAAGGCGCCUCUGUCUCAGGACGAGGAGAUGACUCUGAUGGCCAGCUACGCUGCUGCGAUGGACGCCUCCAUGGCCGAAUCGCCCGAGUGCGCAAGACAGGAAACGGAGACACUCUCUGAGCACUGCGUCUCGGACACGACCGAUCCACUGGAGGGUCCGAGCGGAGCAGACUGGGAGAGUCAGACCGGAGAGGAAUCGGACAAGGCCUCGCUCUCCCUCAGCGUCUCUGAGACCGGAUCCAAAAAGGGAAAAGGCAGCUUCCUCCAUAAGGGCGCCCGGCUGUUUUUCAGGCGCCGACAGCAGAGGAAGGAGCCGGGGAUGAGUCAGUCCCAUAACGACCUGCAGUAUCUAGAGCAGGCCGAGGAAAGACGCACGGCCACCUUCAAGCGCAUCCUCAACCGCAAACCGCUGCACAAACACAAGAGCAAAGCCAACGGUGUCCAGACGUCAGACCUCCAUCACCCUCACUAACACACACACACAUUCUCACACACUCACACGAUCUCUGUCUCUAAAAUGACACGCAGGUUCCAAGCGGUAUUCCAAUGCUAAUCCGGAUAGACACGCUAAACCUCACACCAAUCUUUACGCUAAUCCACACACCCUGCCCAUCAGAAGGAUGUCCACGAUACGUAUCAAAGUCACGCGUUACCGCUGGGGCGAUAUAUCGGGAUGACGAUGUACCGCGAUGAGGUAUCUGAAACUGUUAUAUCGUUACUCUCCGUCUUCAUAUCUAUCCUCAGUGGAUAUUCUUGCUAACGGGUUUCUGACAUUACCUGGGUGAUAAAGUGAUGAAAAUAUUAAUCCUGCGUGCUAAAGUGUGUAUUAUAAUCUGAUCACGUGCAACGACAUGGCUGCCGCGCACACGUGUCCUUUCUGAUAAAGAUGGCCACCAGUAAACGUAAAGAAUCUGAAUGUGCUCUCUCUAUAUAUAUAUAAAUA